GAGAGCAGGUCGUCCGUCCCUUUCCAUUGCUCCAUGUGCUUUAUCUUCCCGACCACGGGACGUUGCAAGGGGAAGUGAAGUUGCAAUCCCCCCCCCCCCCCCCCUCGCUCUUAGCUUUGUAUGUGAUUUGACCUCUGCUUGUGUUCUCCCCCUAAAAACAAGCCGAUUGCCUGGUGUAGCUGCAUCGGGGAGAAGCACGGCAAAGGCUCGAUGACGACGAAAGAAGACAACAUUAUAACAGAUGAAAUGGCGAACCCAUCUCCGGCAAAGAGCAUCGGCGACCCUGGAAUCACACCGCUGUCGCCCACCCAUAUUCAGAAUGACGCCGAGGAGCAGGUUCCGUCGGGAAUGGCCUUUGUGGUGGUGGUGGCCAUCGACUUUGGCACGACGUCCAGCGGCUACGCUUAUGCCUUCACUAAGGAGCCCGAGUGCAUUCACACCAUGAGGCGAUGGGAGGGUGGUGAUCCUGGAGUGUCCAACCAGAAGACACCAACCACAAUCUUGCUGACCCCAGACAGAAAGUUUCACAGUUUUGGCUACGCAGCCCGUGACUUUUACCAUGACCUGGAGCCCAGUGAGUCCAAGCACUGGCUCUACCUGGAGAAAUUCAAAAUGAAACUCCAUACCACAGCGAAUCUGUCCAUCAACACAGAUCUCCAGGCAGCCAACGGGAAGCGCGUGAAAGCUUUGGACAUCUUUGCCUAUGCGUUGGCUUUCUUUAAGGAGCAAGCACUCAAGGAGCUGAGCGACCAGACGGGUGGCGACUUUGACAAUAAUGAUGUCCGAUGGGUCAUCACCGUUCCUGCCAUCUGGAAAAUGCCAGCAAAGCAAUUCAUGAGGGAAGCUGCUUAUAAGUCGGGUCUGGUGCCCCGUGACAACCCGGAGCAACUGAUCAUUGCCCUGGAACCCGAGGCGGCGUCCAUCUACUGCCGUAAGCUCCGCCUUCACCAGAUGGUGGAUUUGAAUAACCAGACGGCCGCUCCGAACGGCUGCAGUCUCACAGACAAUGUUGACAGUACAAUGAGCCAAGCUUCUCCGGGCCAUGCAGCCAACAAGGAGCAUGUUCGGCGCAACCGGCAAAGUCGCACCUUCUUGGUGGAAAAUGUCAUAGGGGAGAUUUGGUCGGAGCUGGAAGAAGGUGACCGGUAUGUGGUGGUGGACUGUGGAGGCGGGACAGUGGACCUGACUGUCCAUCAGAUCCGUCUCCCAGAAGGACAUCUGAAAGAGCUGUACAAAGCUUCUGGCGGACCGUACGGCUCUCUGGGGAUCGACUAUGAAUUUGAGAAGCUGCUGUGUCAGAUCUUUGGCCAGGACUUCAUCGACCAGUUCAAAAUCAAGCGGCCAGCCGCUUGGGUGGACCUCAUGAUUGCCUUUGAAUCGCGGAAGCGGGCGGCGGCACCAGGCAGGGCCAACCCGCUCAAUAUUAACUUGCCCUUCUCCUUCAUCGACUACUACAAGAAGUUCAGGGGCCACAGUGUGGAACAUGCGCUGCGCAAAAGCAAUGUGGAUUUUGUGAAGUGGUCAUCGCAGGGCAUGCUGAGGAUGAGUCCCGACGCCAUGAAUUCCCUUUUCAAGCCCACCGUCGACCACAUCAUUCAACAUCUCAAUGAGCUCUUCGAGAAACCCGAGGUGAGCGACAUCAAGUUCCUUUUCCUGGUGGGAGGUUUCGCCGAGUCGGCUCUGCUGCAGCAGGCCGUCCAGAACAUGCUUCAGGGCCGCAGUCGCAUUAUUAUCCCCCACGACGUGGGUCUGACCAUCCUGAAGGGCGCCGUGCUGUUCGGCUUAGACCCCAGCAUCAUCAAAGUCCGCCGCUCGCCACUUACCUACGGCGUGGGCGUCCUCAAUCGUUUUGUGGAGGGCAAGCAUCCUCCCGAGAAGCUGCUGGUGAAGGACGGCACGCGCUGGUGCACGGACGUUUUCGACACCUUCAUCGCCGCCGACCAGUCGGUGGCGCUGGGCGAGAUGGUCAAGCGUAGCUACACGCCGGCCAAGCCCUCGCAGCAAAUUAUCGUCAUCCACGUCUACUGCGCCGAGAAGGAGAAGGUGGCCUUCAUCAGCGAGUCGGGCGUCAAGAAGUGCGGCUCUCUCCGCUUAGACGUGAGCGGCACGGAAAGCGCCGCCCCGCGCCGCGAGAUCCAGACGCUCAUGCAGUUUGGCGACACCGAGAUUCGGGCCGUGGCGGUGGACGUGUCCACCGGGCGCACAGUCAAGGCCAGUAUUGACUUCCUCAGCCAUUAAGGAAGGAGGCCGAAAAUUCUAAGGAAGGAGGCCGAAAAAGGCCUCGGCCGCAUCCGUCCUACGUGUACUAAAUUGACUUUUGGCCCGAUCCAUAUAGUAAUAGCAAUUCAGGCCAGUCGUUUAACCAAUCCGGCCGGCCGGCCCAUUCCAAUGUACGCUUUAGGCCUGAUCUCUUAUUAGCUGACGCAAACAAGGUGUGGAUUAUCUGCAUUGAAAAAAACAAAACAAAAUGCUGAAGCUGUGAAUGGUAAAUGAGCAGAAAAGAGCUCACGUGCAAGUCGUAAACCUGGGUGGCAAGUACGCUUAUUGGUCUUCUGAAUUCCCAUUGGAUUUGGCUCGUUCCGUUCAAGCGUCCCCCAAAUGCAAUUGAGCACGGCCACCUUUGUCGUUUGGGCAAAUGUGAGGUUGGUAGGGCUCGCGCUCUUUGCAUGAAAGGCCAGAGCACGCGGGCCUUGAACCGAAAGUCUUGAAGGUCAAAUGGUGAAAGAUAAAUGAAGAGGCUCAACGGUGACAAAGGCUGCAGUUGCACUCAAAUCCAUCAUUAUUUCUUCAUGCUUCCUUCCAGUCAUUCGUUACUUUCUCCGUUGGAUAGGCGCAGAUUUAGUGUCACAGAGUAAGAGUUGUUUAUUUCUGUAUAGACAGUCUUGAAAUAGUGUACAGAUUUGUAGCCUUAGCGUGCGUCGACUUUUCUCAUUGAGCACAGCAUGAAAGCCGCCGUGGCGUGGCGUGGCAGGCCCAAGACAAACAGGUCUUUCUUUCUUUCUUUCAUUCAUGAUGCUUCCAUUUUGUCACAACACUGCCAGCUUGCGCCUCUUCCAAAAAGAGGGCAAUGGAAUGUCUAAUCAACAGAAUUCAGACCAUCAAAUGGCUUCCCUCAUUUAGUCAAUCACUGAAUAGCAGGCCAAAUGUUGUGUUUCUCAAAAUGGCCGAGGUUAAAUUGAAAGGGAAUGAGUCUGUGGUCGGGCAGAGGAUGGGAGGGAGGGAGGGAGGGAGGUAUGGAUGGAGGGCCAAUAGCCUGCCUGCGUGGCUGCCUGCCUGCCUUCCUUUGGCUUUUGUUUGUUUACCUUUCGGGAAAUACAGCGCACAGGUCAAGCGGCGUUGACAAGAAGGCAUUUUGGAACGUUCUCAACUCUUAUCGAAUAGUUUGCCGUCCAGACAAGUCCCGGACCUCGUUACGAUGGCCGUACGAUUGUCUUUCACUUUUGCGUUGUUGGGCCAGUCGAAAUGUUAUUGACCACAAUUUGCACACACUCAGUAAGACCUAUGUUGGUGGGAAAUGUGAAUCCAGUCACGACGGAGCCAUGCUCCUGUUUUAAUACUGUUCCGAUAACAUUGAUCUCUUCAAGAGGUGUAGAGCACUGAAAAGGACUUUGCGGGUUCUCCUCUAUUGUGGGAUUUCCAUGCCGUGCAGGCUUGUCACCCAGCAUUCUGCGCCGAUGGCAGGCAAAAAGGGCACUUUUCUGUCAAUGAUAUCAAAUGCCAAUUGUAGUCUGGCAGCAGCAGCAGCAGCAGCAGCAGGGCACGUGCGGCUGCGGUCGGCGCCGCUUCCCGCAAUGCACGCUUUGCAUGGCUCGCAAACCCAAAUGCAUCCGAGGAAAAACAAGAUUGACAGCUGCUCGGGAGGGAAGCUGUCAAACGAGCACCACAUCACUCUACUCUAUACUGUACUAUUGCAAUUAUCAAAUGGAAUCACGUGGACUGGGUACUUUCUUACUUUGAAUCUAUCCAUCUGGAGUUGCUCAUGGUGUCCCAUUUGUCAGAAAGAGGGGGACGUCCACUACCAGUUGAUCCUGUCAACUCGAGUCAACGUUUUGUCCAGUCUAAGGCGGAACGUGACCACCUUUCUUUUCCCGAGUCGUAAAGCAAGCGCCGUAUUUGCUUCUCCGCACAAUACUAAGUCAAUCACUCCUGAAUGUACUUUUUCUCGUUCAUCGGAUCCUUCCUUUUUCUGUUGCUUCGUGUCGUUGUCUGCUCAUUCCAUUGAAUAAAGUGUAUUCUAAUCCUUUACAA